AUGAAAAUAUGCAGAUUUGGCUUCAAGUUUACAACAGCUGGUCGGUACCGCAGUGCAGCAUUCUCGAUAGGGCCACUAACAGAUCCAAGAUGGGUACCGCGAGGGUUAAGAAUACCAGAGGCGAGCAACAUCGCCAUACAAGUCACUCCACCAGAUGGCGAAGAAGAUGACGAGUUUGUGCCGACGCUGCGUAUGCGCCGGAAACUGAGCACGCCGCUCAGUGCGAUGCCCGGAGUAACUGAUGGACUGAUUAACUUACCAAAUCUACGCGCUUCUCCAUCGCGAUCUUUAUCGCCGUUGGAUCGCACGAAGCGACGUUUCAGCACUAUGGUCUCAAGCAGCACCGCCGCAGCAGUGUCCCGGCGGCUCUCGGCAACUAUCGGCUGGUGUCUGGCCAGCCCCACGCAAGUCAAACCACAAAUAGUCCGACAAGGACGCGCUUUAUGCCUACAAUACAUUAAGACUCAGAUUAGAAGAUCCACUUUAUGCGAAAAAAAGACUGAAUGCGGAGAGGAGGCUGUCAGUAACUCGGAGUCUGGAGUGUUAGUGGGGCUCCGCGCGUUGUGUGCUGCUCUGGAGAGGAAGCGACCUGACGCAUUCCGACAAGUGGCGAGGCAGGCCACUCGCGCCCCUUCCGCCAUGCUGCGCUCAGAUACAGCAUUAGCGGAACUCGCCCUUGCACUAGCGAGACGCAUCACUAGGGAAAAUAUUACAUGGUCUAAGAACGGUCUAGUGGAGCGGUUACUGGCCAGUGAAAGAGAUCAGAGAUCUGAGAAGAACCUUCGCGUGUUGGUGUCAUUUUUUGUAAUAGCGUGCAUCAGUUUAUUAUUGUUUAGAUGGGUACUACACGCACACCCUGCAUACAACGACUAA